AUGGAAUGGGUCGAUCCAAUUCGUGAGUACUGCCAUCUGCCGGAAACUGAGGACGAAGCUUCUGAAGAACUGCCAGACUUUUACGAAGACCACCUCAACAGCACUGUUCAGCAAAUCGAUGAAGGCAACGAGGAGAACCUCGAGAUUUCUAUUCAAGAUCUUGUUCAUGGAGAUGAACUUGAAAAUAUGAGUCAAACAAGCGAGGAAAUUUCGCUCGAUUCGAUGGAAACUGCAUUUUCUUCGGACGAUCCGAUGCUUGCAGAGCUGGAGGAGCCUAGCUGCCAGAAGAUUCUUGAAUCCGACAUGAUUAGGAUUUCAAUUUCAGACGGCUAG